AUGGCUCACACUGUACUAACCCUGCUCUGCAAAGAAGUGUGGGCACGGGACUCUAGCACUCAUUACGAUAUCAGUUUCAAACUGGAUGGCACUGGCGAACUGAUUGCCUAUUGCUGUGACGGCGGCGGUCCGGGCGUAUAUAUCUCGGCGGAAAUCGAGUGGGAGGCUACAAACCCAAGUAUACUGAACAAAAUCGUUAAUAUCACUCCCGGUGGUAGGAACGCACAGGUUCUGGUCGAAUUUGAAAUAAAAAUGACUCUUACGAAACGCAGAGCUGGACUUUUCAGAGAACCUCGAAGUCCCCAAGAUUAUAAGCUGAAUCAAGCAUACCUUCUUGACGACGCCUUUCUGCCAAAGAAAUACAAAAUACGACUGGAGAAGGGAAAUUUUAUAUCAUCCAAAGAGAGAAAACCAGAUGGAACGAUUAGUCCGCCUUGGGCGUCUGCUUAUACUCUCCGUCUGGUGUUUGACAAGUCACCUUACCCCCCAGCGCAGCUUUGGAAGGAUCCAGACGAUUGGGACCAUGCUAUGAUGGGCGAGGAAUGGAAGGAGUUCCACUCAGGAAAAGCUGACGGAUGGGGUAUGGCUGAGAAUGCGAUGCAAGUAUACUAUUCCAUACGGGCGGGAUUUUGGGGUUUGGUUUCGAGAGGAGAUUGA